AUGGCGCUACAGGAGUUCACAGUUGAUCUUCUCCAACAAGUCAUUCCCUUCCGUUCCCCUAACCCUUUAGAGGAUCCUCGCGAGCAUCGCCUUCGUCUGGUCGAGAGGCUAGGGGGAGGCACAUACGGAGAUGUAUACCGUGCGGUCGAGGAGCCAGAAGAUGGAGUAGGAGGAGGAGAAACAUUUGCCGUUAAAUAUUAUGUUGAUGAAACACGAACAGUCACAGAAGAUGGAUUGGGCUGCACAACUGUUCGCGAGCUCACAUCGAUUUCCUCGUUCGGAGGUCACCCGAAUGUGGUUCGAAUGCGUUAUCUUUUCGUUGACCACCUUCCUCGUCUAGUGGAGGCAAUUAACCAGCAGAGGAUACAAUGGGCGCGGCAGCAGCACGCUGCAGCAGAUCCGGAGAAUCAGGAGCAGCUAAGACGCGAGUUGCAGGCACAGCUGUCACAGGAAGAAUUGAAGCCAACACAAGUAUUUGUAUUUGCUGCUUAUGAACUAUGUGAGGGAGGAGAUCUAAAGAAACUUCUUGCAAAAAAAAGAGAAGCAAAACCUGCCUCUACUGUUUCCCCUGAAUGGGGCCUCUCUCUUAGACAUGCAAAACUUCUCGCCUUUCAGCUAUUGAAUGGCUUGGCCUUCCUUCACAACGAGAAGCUUUGUCACCGUGACCUCAAGCCGGACAAUUUAAUGUUAACAUCUGAAGGCGAAGACGCAGUUCUUAAGAUAGGCGAUUUAGGUCUCUGCAGAAAUUUCCGUGCAAAUGCAGGCGAAAUAACGCCAACUGUCUGCACAAUUUACUAUCGUCCUCUUGAAGUUCUGUUGGGAAGAAUGAAGAUGAACGGCGAUGGCGCACAGGAGCAAGGGACUCACUACGGCCUUGGUGCGGACAUAUGGGGUGCUGGGUGUAUAAUAGCGGAGAUGUUUAGAGGAAUUCCUCUAUUUAAGGGGACACAAGAGUUUGAGGUUCUUAUUCGUGUUACGAAGAUAUUAGGGACACCAACAGAAGCAGAAUGGACCAAUUGUACCGCGUAA